CUCUUUACUUACCCUUAAAAGGACAUUUAAGAGAGUGAUAAGGCACAGUGUGUGAGUUACAGUAAGGGAGCAUCUCCUAGCCGGUAGGCUACUUGUUUAUUAUUUACUAACUCAGCGAUCAAAGACGUCAGAAAACUGCCUCUUGAACAAAUAUGGUCAAAAUGAACCAAACCGUAUCCCAAUCCAGUAUGAUGGAAUCAACCAACAAUACACAAGUCAAAACGGAUCCCUUAAUGAGCAUCACUAUAUUCAUCCACUGCAUAAUAUGUGUGCUUGGUGUUGUUGGCAAUGGACUGGUCAUCUACGUAACAGGCUUCCGAAUGAAAAAGACCGUCAAUACCAUCUGGUUUCUGAACCUGGCAAUCGCUGAUUUCAUCUUUACAUUCUUCCUGAUUUUUAACAUAAUUUAUGAAUGCCGUAAUUUCGACUGGCCUUUUGGUGACGUCAUGUGCAAGUUGAGCAGCCUGGUGACGGUGUUGAACAUGUUUUCUAGCACCUUCCUGUUGGCUGCUAUCAGUCUGGACCGUUGCCUGUCCACAUGGCUGGUGGUAUGGGCCCGGACCAAACGAACAGUACUGAAGGUAAAAAUAUUCUGCCUGUUUUUGUGGAUAGUGUCAGUCGCCUGCAGCCUUCCCUUGGCCAUAUUUCGGCAAACAGUCUUUGAUGAUAAGAAACAAAAGACGACAUGUUUAAAUAAAUAUCCGAAUGGACUACAAACAUACAAGAGUCUGGUAAUGUUCCGUUUUGUGGUUGGUUUCCUCCUUCCCUUCAUCCUAAUCUUUGCUUCGUACCUGGCAAUUGGAGUACGAGUUCAGCGCCUCCGGAAUAACAACAAACUCAAACCAUUUCGUAUUAUCCUGGCAGUUAUUCUUGCCUUCUUCUUUUGCUGGCUUCCAUUCUAUAUAUUAAAUUUCAUUGAUGUGUGGCUCCAUGAAAUCUACUCUACAAACCCAUCAGCUGAGCUUACAAGCUUUAAGGACCUUUUGGACUCGAUAAGACUCUUCAUAGUCAGUUUUGCCUACUUCAACAGCUGCCUGAACCCCAUCUUGUAUGUAUUUAUGUGUGAAGAUUUCAAGAAAAAGCUCAGACAAUCUUUGGUGAUGGUGUUCGAGAAUGCAUUUGUGGAGGAACACCUGACUCUCCUCUCACAUUUGCAAUCCAAACGCAAUACCCAUUCCCAUACUGGAACAGAGAUGACCAAUUCAUCAGCACUUGAGAGUUAAAACAAGGGUGCACUUGCUGAAUCGCAAAUGGUGUACGAUAAGGAGAUUAACAAAUAAGAUAUUAUUCUGUAUACUGUAUGUGUUGAACAGUGCUAAAAUAAGUAAUCUUUAAACAUUUGUUUAUUCACAAAUUCUUUAAAUUAAGCAAUCACAACAUUUUACAGGUAUACUUUCAGCAUAUGACUACAUGUACUUAAUUAAGGUUAGGAUUGAGUUUAUGUUUAGAGUUAGUACCUAGUAAUUACUGAAGUUGUUGUAAUUAUAUAGUAAGUAAAUGUAGAACAGUUCUGUGAAAUAAUGUGCUACCGGCUUUCUAGUAGCCAGUUUAUAAUAGUAUGAUAUUUAUAUUAUCAAUACAGUUUUACAUGUUUAAAAUUCAUAUUGUAUUCAAAGGGAUUGUUCAUCAAAAAAUUAAAUUUCUCUCAUCAUUUACUCACACUCAUGCCAUCACAGAUGUGUUUGAAUUUCUUUCUUCAGCUGAAAACAAACAAAGAUUUUUUGAAAAAUAUCUCAGUUCUGUAGGUCCAUGAAAUGCAAGUGAAUGGUGAUCAGACCUUUGUAGCUCCAAAAAUAAUAUAAAGUAAACAUAAAAGGAGCCCCC